AUGUCUUCUAAAACAGAUUCAAUAAAACCAAAAACGGUCCGAGUCUUUGAUUUAGACGAUUACGAAAAGCUACUUAAAGGCAUACAGAUAGCAUCAUGCAUGAUAACGGAGUCACACCAAAUUGUUGAUGAACAGAGUGUUUUAAAGCGUCUCAAUGCCUUAACUAUUAAUGGAGCUAGUGAUGGGAACUGUUGUUCAUGUUGUGGCGUGGGUCCAUUUGAGACAAGAGCCCAGCAGACUGCACAUUAUAAACAUCACUGGCAUACACAUAACUUGAAAAGGAAGUUAUUUGGAAAGUCUGCAUUGUCACUCGGACAGUUUAAUUCACGGCAAGAUGACUCCAGUGUAUCAGGCAGUGAUUCCGAAACUGAAAGUACAAACUCAAAACCAGCUAGUGAUCUGUUUGCAGCAGCAACAAGGCAUUGUAAAGCAUUUUUUACCAACAAAGCUGGUCAAGUUUACUGUGUAUAUCGAUGUAUAUUGCAUCAUAAAAAGGAAGAUUUGUCAACUGAUGGCGAAGGCUAUGCCUGGAUAGAGCGGUGUCAACGCCUAACAAUACCAGGAUACCAGCGCUGGGCCGUAUUGAUGGUAUCUGGUGGACAUUUUGCUGGGGCUAUCUUCUCUGCGGCUGUUCCAGUGGUCCAUAAAACACACCAUUCGUAUGUUACUAGACGUGGUCAGGGUCAAGCACAAAGUGCUCGAGAUCAGCAUGGGAAUAUGCCUAGAUCUGCUGGAGCAAGUUUGAGGCGGUAUAAUCAAGCCCAGUUCUUGGAGCAUGUGCAAGAAAUAAUAGCGAGCUGGUCAGAAGACCUAAUAGGUUGUUCUCUAGUCCUAUACAGGGCUGUGGGCUCAACUAAUCAAGCAGCGUUAUUUGGCAAGAACUCACCGCUUAAAAGAGAGGACCUAAGGGUUCGGGCUUUGCCCUUCCCAACUCGGAAACCAACAUAUAAAGAGGUCAAGAGAGUCCACGAUACAGUUGCCAGUAUUGAGGUGUAUGAGACCAUGGAAUUGUUCCAAAAGGCGCUUAUAGCGGCGUCCGGCAAAACUUCAAAGACGACCGACUCGACAGUUACCAAAAAGCCGCAAAAAAGUCCGGGAAAGCCCAUAGAUAGGGCGAAAUCGAGGGAACGAAUUCCUCGGGAGCUUCCAACUCAGAUGAUGUCUAGUGAAGACGAAGGUCCGUGUUUCAUUGAUUCAGAAACUCCAGUAGGCUGGAUAAAAGCGCUAUCGGAACAAAGCUCGAAAGGUAUUCUAACGAAUUCUCGUAAGGACCUGCUUAUUGACAACAAUUCAAUCAGUGCGCGCAGCUCCUGCAGCGAACAAGGCAUAUUGGAAGAAAAGAAGACAAAGAAGAAAAAGAAAAAGAAACCAGAGGAGAAACAAGAGAAGCUGAAAAAAAUUGAAGUUAAAAUUCCAGCGAAUGUUAAAAAGAUGUGGAAAGCAAUAUCUGGCAAUGAACAGAAUUCACUAGAGACAAUAAUUGAGACUUGGGAAGGUGAUUUAGAAGAGGCUUGUAACACUCAAGAUCCGACUGAUGGCAACACAGCCCUUCAUAAGGCUGCGAUCGCUGCCAAACCGGAUAUGGUUACUCAAAUCCUGACAGCGGGUGGUGACCCGUGUAUAAAGAAUCAUCAGCUUCAAACUCCAUACGCGGCGACACCGCAUCACGAUACUCGAGUCGCAUUCAGAAUGUUCCAGGCUAAUUAUCCCGAGAAAUAUAAUUAUAAUAAGUCACAAAUACCGGGUCCGUUAACACCUGAAAUGUUAGAGAUUGAGAAAGAGAAGAAGUUACAACAGAAACGCGCGAAGAGAUUAAGAGAGAAAGAGAAACAAGUGGAGAAGAAUAAGACUAAUCACUUCUUACAUUUAACGGACGCCCAGAAGGUCAAAGCUGAGAUGCCAAGAUGUUUCCUCUGUGCUUCGAAUCUACCAAAAGUGCCGUUUGAGUAUGACUCAUACAAAUUUUGUACAGUCAAGUGCCUUCAGAAUCACAGAAAUGUGCGACCUCUACAUAAAAGUGCUUGA